AUUCUGCUGUCAUUGUAAUUGACCCAGGUCUGGCACUGCAUGCUGUUUACUGUACUUCGUGUAUUUAAUUCUGAUCAAACAAACGUUUUGUUCUGGAGAGAUUCGUGAUGUUAAUGGUCAUGAUAACAUUUCUGUGAUUUGAUUUUCAGAAAUGUUUUAAUAAUAAUAAAUGCAAACUGGCCCUGAGUUUGAAUAGUCUUCAAUUUAACAAACCUAUUAGACACACACAGACAUAUAUAACACAUCAUUAUAUCCACACUCAUGGACAGUAGACAGACUUUGCUUCUAUAGGCGCAGAUAUUCUCCCACACAGACGUUCUCGGUCCCAGAACCCUGUAUAUAAAUCUAUCUGCUGCUGAUCUGUUUGGGCAGUCCCAGUUUGGACCUGCACUGCCUCACAAAUCAGACGCACAUGUGCACGCAGAACAGCUCAUUAACACCUUUGAUUAUUUGACGAUCUUACUGAAUUGAACAUAAAGGAAAUGCAAACGCACACAACGCCCUCUAGAGCUGAAGCUGUUCCAUUCCACUCUGGCUUCACAGACUUUUCCUUCGGUUCAGGGUGUUAGACAACCAGAGGACAGAUUUCACAAGAUUGAUUCUGCGGUUCAAUUUUUUGUAAAAGAAAAAUAAACUGUUUGUGAUGAAAGCACAGAGGAGCCCUUCAAUCUGAGUUUCUUCAUUGCUUUUACAGAACUGGGUUGCACACUUUGCGCAGGAGCAGAAGCUUGGUUAAGUGUUCACAAAAUAUCUUGCACAAUAAAACACAUGUAGUUUGUCCUUUAUUGCAUACCAUCAGACUUGCACGACUUGUAGCCACUCCCUGUGUAUUUUGUGCAGCUGGUUCCUGCUGUUAGUUUACCUUCACUUUCGUGUUCUCCUACUUCGGUACGCUGCAAGGAACAGCAACAUGGCUCAGUCUAAACCACAAAGUCUCUUUCAAGAAGACCUGAGCUGCCCAAUCUGCUUGCAGCUCUUUUCCGAGCCGGCUAUGCUUCCCUGUGGUCACAACUUCUGUGCUUCGUGUAUCGAGGGAGUGAUUGAAGGAGAAGCUGAGAGAGGACAGCACACCUGCCCUGAAUGUCGGAGUGACUACAAAGGGCAAACUGCACUGCAGAGAAACUUCAAGCUUUGCAGUAUUGUGGAGGGAUUCAAAGUCAGUGAGAGCGCCUCCUCUCCAGUGCUCUGUGAUAUGUGCUUGGAGACCCCAGACCUAGCUGUCAGGACGUGUCUCAAGUGCAAGAUCUCAAUGUGUGCUCUCCAUUUAAAACCGCAUUUGGAAAAAAAGUAUUUUAAGAGCCACGCCUUGGUGGAGCCCACGUCAGACCUCAGUGCAAGGAAAUAUUCAAAGCACGACGAAGCUGUGAAGUAUUACUGUUUUGAGGACAAAUCCUGCAUCUGUGUCUCCUGCACCAUUGAAGGUGAGCACAAGAAUCACAAUGUGAAAAGCUUCAAAACAACCCAUUCUGAACCGAGGAUUGGACUGGAAUCAAAAGUGAAACAAAUUACAGAGAAACUUAAACUAGCGGGAGGCUUCUUAGAGAAGGCUAGACAGAACGAAACCUCUGUUAAAGCAGCCAACGCAGAACUGAAGCAGAAUGCGUUGGAGCUGUUUGACAACAUCAUUCAACUAGUGAACAAUUACAAAGAACAGGUGAUGGAAAAGAUUGAAGCAGAACAGUGCCUCCUUGUGGACAGUCUGGAGCACAGCACCGACAAGCUCACUGAACAGCAUCACCUUUUCAAGCAGAUCUAGCAGCAAGCUGACUCUGUCUUGAUUGAAACUGACGAAUUCCUCUUCAUUCAGAAGCACCA